GUCCCUUUUGUCCAGUCUUUCCUGGCAGUGAGUGAUGACGAGAGAAGAGGGCACCGAAUAAAGUGGAACUGCAGGAACGCCCGGAAUUCACAUCAACUAUCUAGGUAACAAGACUAACUAGACUAACAAGCUGUCCACUCUUCUCUAGGACUAGCUGUGAUGAUGGAGAAAGCUGCACUGCUGCUGUUUUGUUGCCUGGUCAUGUCUUUAUCAGGCUCCCCGCUCUACCCUUCCAUUAGGUUCGGCCAGAGGGAUACAUCCAUCUUGAUGACAUCUUCUAUAAAUAAUCAAGCAGAGAAUCUGGAGAAGCUGCGGGAUGACACAAGUCCUCCCGGGGAGCGAGCAGAGUUACGCUUAGGACGUCACGCUGAUGCCAUCUUUACAAACAGUUACAGGAAAGUCCUGGGUCAGAUCUCUGCCAGGAAGUUCCUUCAGACAAUCAUGGGCAAACGGCUGGGUGAUGAAAGUGAGAGCUACAUGAAGCGUCAGUCAGAUAUCUAUGAAGGGACCUAUAAAGAAGAUCUCACAUCUAUCCAGAGCAAUCAGAGAUACAGAGGAGUGGAUGGGAAUGCCAUGGGGCCCAGACUGCUGAGCUGAGAUUUGUGGAUCGGACACACAGAAAGUUCGCCGCCACUGCACUUUUCAUAACCAUUACUGCUUGUUUUCUUACACUUCCUCCAACCUGUUCUUCACAAAUGAAAAUGAUACUGUCAGUUUUUAUCCCCAUUAAAAGCUGUGAAGAAAACCUGCACCUCAGCUCUGUGGACUGUGGAAAAAAAAAAACGCACAGAGGAACUUUAAGUCAUGCAAUCUCACUUUAACAGAAAUAUUCAGAUGGAACUUUUAUUUAAGUGGCUACUGAAACCAGUGUGGUCAUGCUGAAGUAGGUGGUGUUAACAGAAAGUAAAAUGCAUAAAAAUAAAGGUACAACUUUGAGGUAUUUGUGUGUAAUUGAGGGUUUUCCAUUUUACUUUUUUAACUGCAUUUAUUUGACGGCUAUAGUUAAUAUGACAGAUUAAGACGUUACAUACAAAACACACAGAACCAGAUUAGAUUCACCACAUGAUUUGGGGGCUCAUGUGGUGAAACAUCAGGUUAUGAAACAUGAUGUAUUGACUAAGAUUAAACAACCCAGUGGUGUGUAAAGUAUUUGAUAUGAGCUCCACCUUAACCAGCUACAUUAAGAUGCUGAGAUGCUGAUUGAAUAAUAUGUGUAACAAUGUAACUCUGAAAGCAGCCAGUCUGCAUAAUGACUACUUCAUAUUUUUAUAGCUUCUACACACAGAUGUUUGCACUUACGUUGCCUGGCUCUUCUCAGGGCUGUGUGGGCUCUUACAGAACGCGCUUGAUCGACAUCUCUCAUUGUCCUGUUAAAUUUCGUGGAACCUGUAAAGCUGGGACCCCUGACAGAACUUCAACAACGCAGAUAAUUUGGCACAGCAGGAAAACAUCAGGUGAAAUUAGCAUCAGUAAUGGCUGCACUGCUGUCAGGUUGUUUCAGGACACUGCUGUCGUGUUUGCCGGCUCACUGGUCUGGUUUAACGAGAUGCUUAAAUGGAAUGGAACCAUCAUUGUGUGUUAUUAAUUACAUCGGACCUGUGCCUUUCCUGCCAUGAUGAUUCAACAUGUCUGGCCUACGUGGAGUUACAUCCAGACUGUGUGACCUUAAGAGAGGAAAUGACGUGUUUUUGCUCUUAUAAAUGCAAAGUUACAUUCAUGAAUAAUAAA